GUACUGGAAGCUUGUGUGAAGAGCUGUGGACAAAAAUAUCAUCAAGAAAUUGGAAAAUUCCGAUUCCUAAAUGAGCUGAUCAAACUUCUGUCCAACAAGGUAUUAUGACCUCAAACUCAGCUAUCUAUGAUGUGGUCAGUUAUCUUCAUUGCAGAAUGCAAUAUAGACUUGGUUCAAGUCCGUCUCAAGAGAAAAAUAGGGAGAGACGGACUUGGGACAUUUGCAGCAUUUCGAAUGUUACUUGCAAAAUUGGCAUGAAAUUUGUUGUUGUCGACUUGCAAACCAUGCCUCCGUAGGAAAAAUCCGUCAGUAAACUUUGGCUUGCUUGCAAAUGUCCCAAGUUCAUCUCUCCCUAUGUUCUCUCUUAUUUUCAACCCCUUUAGAGACAUAUUUUAACCAAGUCUAAAUGAGAUAUAACUACCGGAAAGUAUAAAAAAUAUGAGACCUAUCGAAGAGCAGCCAUUCCUCUACAAGCCGCGGAGUUAGCGAAAAAUCUUGUUGUCAAAGUUUUGUCAACCUGAUAUGAAAGAAGUCAGCAAACUUAGAUUUUCAACAACAUGAUGCUGUGAUAAUAUUGCUGACAUUUCAAGUGAUUUGCUAGAUAGCCUAGAUGACUCUUUGUUGUCUGUUUCAGCUUGACAUUUGAGUAGCAUAUGUUAUGUUAUUGAAAUAAAUUUAUGGUUGAGCAUAAAUUUUUCCUGUAAAAAUUUCAUUUUCUCCAUAUUCACAUUAGAAAAGUAUAAUGUCAGUUUGGCAAGUAGGGUACAUCAGGGUGCAUUGCAUGACUUAAAGGGUUAAUUUUACGCUUGGCAGUAUGAUGGUCCAAGAACUUCGCAACCGGUAAAACACAAAAUCAUCGAGUUGUUCUAUAGCUGGAGUGUGGGACUACCGAGUGAACCAAAGAUUCAAGAAGCUUAUUUAAUGUUGAAGAGACAAGGUACUUAAAAGCAGCAAUGUCUUUAAGUGAAUGGAGCAUGCCCUUGGACACCCCCAAUUUUCAGCCCUCCUAACUGUAAAUAUCUCCCCGCGCUACUGCUAUGGCAGUUCGAUCAUGUUUUGCCUGUCGUGUUUGCCCUUAGCCGAAAACUACGAUACCCAACUUAAAUGAAAAUUAGCCCUCCCCCCCAAAAAUAAUAAAACCAUUCUGCCACCACAUCUAUUCCAAUAUUAAAUUUUUCAAGUCGAUGUUCUUGCUUGUUGUAGGAGUUGUUGUUGUCGAUCCACAUUUACCAAGUCAAAUUGAACAAGUAUGUUGAUAUUAUGAUAAUACAAACAUAAUAAUUGCCCAAUGGGUCAUUCCGGAAAACAUCCAUACCCCCGCCAUGGAGGGAAUUAGAAGUUAACCCUACCUACUUCUUCCUACCUACCUCUUCCCUCUGGACAGCAGAAAUUUCCUUUGUGGGGGGAGGGGGGAUAUUUUUUGGCACAACCCAAUUUAAAUGCAAUUCCUCAGACUGCUUGUGUUUACAUAUUGUAUAUUACAUAUUAUAUAUUUACAUUGCAAUUAACACUUUAAAUUUUUUUUUCAGUACAAGCCAACACCUCAGCCAAGAAUGGCAGUUUUUGAAGAUGACGAAAAAUCUAAGGUUGGAAAAGCAAGCAUAAAGAAAGCAUAAAUAGUAUAUAGCUUUUCAAGUGGCAUUCGUUUAUUUAUUCCACAUGUUGAUAAAUAUUCUGUUAUUGUUUUAAGCUUUUAGCGAGAUUACUGGCAAGUAAACAUCCUGAUGAUCUUCAAGCUGCAAACAGACUGAUCAAAAACAUGGUCAGACAGGUAGAGUACACCACUGUACGUUGAGGGUGUUGGGAUCCGAGUGAACAGCAUUACCUGCAAGUGAUUGAAGCUAACUGCAAACCUGGAUCAGAAGGUCUUCUCCACACUAGUAUAGUAGAAAAUUUUAGUUUUUCCCAGUAUCUUUUUGCAGUAUUUACUGACCAGAUUUAAAGGGUGUCUCUUUUCUACCACAUCCUCUUUUCUAUUUUCAAACUUUGUGUGGUUUGACUAUUUUCCUGUUCUAUGGCCAAAUUUUAUUUAUCAAAUGUCAAGCCGUCGAGUUAUGUUACCUUUUGCCAAAAUUGACUUUCUUACGACCAAUUACUCAAAACGACCAAUUACUCAAAACGUUUCCCCCAGUGGCCCGCCCCCCUCCCCCGUCGCAACUCGCAAGCUAUGUGGUGGUCCCAAACCUUCGCUCGCAAGAUGGAAGAAGUGAAUAUACAGACAUUUGUGUUUUUCUAUUCUACUUAGGAUGAAAUACGCGAAGAAAAACUGAGCUUGCGUGUACAAGAACUAGAAAUGGUACAGAACAAUACAAAACUUUUGAAAGAAAUGCUGUCACAUUACUCGUCCGGUACACCGAACUCCGACGUGGAAUUAAUGAAGGUCAGUUAUCAGCGGAUAUUGGUUAGUGCAGUCCCUAAUAAAUCCCUCAAAAUCCUUAGAAAUCCUUAGAAAAUUCAUGUUAAAUUCCCCCCAAAAAGGUCCCCACAAAUCUGUUCAAAAUGGCGUCAUGUUCGAUCGUUAUUCCUUACCAGGUCUCACAACUGCGACACCGCGGGUAUCUUGUUCGCAGCUUGUAAUUCCUCCCUAGCACAGUCAGGGAAACUGCGAAACUGUCAUAAUUCUUUAUGUAGCAACACGGAACCAAUACGAUUCUGGGCUGCCCUUACUGGACCUCGAGUGAGGACGGUGUAAAACUGACAGAGCCAUCCUUUGGUUUCUUUUCACUUUAGGAGUUGUACGAUUCUUGUGAAAAGUUGAGAACAGAUCUUUUCAAACUUGCUGGAACCGCGACGGAAGAGGGUGAUGAUUCGUUGUGUAAGUUCUAUAAUUAUUUAAAAGGUUCUAUAAUUAUAUUUCAUUUGCUUGUCCAUAGCUUCAUUUAGUGCACAUUACCAUUGCAAUGCUCGAUGUUUCUGUUAGUUUGUUAGUCUGUUUGUUAGUUUGUUCAGAAUCGUAAGCCUUGGUAGUUACAGGGUUCGAAAUAACGUUCUGAAAAUAUGUCAAAUUUUGUAGGCUGUUUUUUGUAGGUGAAAACUUUUGCCGGCUAUUUUCCAAGUGAAGUUUAGUUAUGUUCUGGAGUGGGCAUAGCCAUAGGCCAAAUAAAACUGUAGUGAUGUAAACCAAUACAACAUUUGUAAGAACACAGCAAUACAUUUUAUUUGGCGAAGGAACAAACAUUAACAAGUUCUGUGUAUAUGUACGUGUUAUUGUAAGCGAGUCAUCGGUGAAUAAAUAUUUUCGCCGAUCCCCUAUGCUUUGAAAUUAAAAAUCGCCGGCAAGGUCCUAAACUGCCGGCGGCUAUUUCGAACCCUGAGUUAUUCAAUAGUAGCAUGUCUUUGCGGUUGUGGUGCACUAGUUUAAGCCGCCAGUGCAGUAGUUUUGUGGCGGGAACAAUGUUCCUGGUUUGCCCACAAUUGGGGAAGAAUUUCCUACCUGGAAACGAUGUUUCCGCAAAGUUUCCUUGGGCUUUAUCCUAUGUUUGUGAUAACUGAAUCUCGUUCCUGCAGCUGAAAUUCUACGAGCAAACGACGACUUGACGAAGGUGAUCGAAGACUACCGACGUGUAAUGGGAGUCCCUGGGGAACCUAGAAGUACCGUACCUCCACCUACAUCAAGUACUACCCAAUCUGCCCCAGACGUGGUGAAUUCUAGUGAACCUUCAUCAAAUAUCUCGUCUCUCAUUGACCUGGAUAUUGGUAGCAGUAUUCCGUCCUCGGGUAAUGGUGACAUGCUUAGCAAUGAUUUACAGGAUCUAG